GCUGUAGUCAGUGUAAACUAACAGUGAACGCUCUCGAGGUGUGAGGAACUGAAAACGGCUCUUCACGCGGCCCGAUAAAAUAGCACUGAAUCCAGUUGUAUAACAAAUAGACAAACGUUUCCGCGUGUGUAUUUACUCGGUAAUGUCGGCAGCAACAUUUGUGGAAACGGAACCGUCUACUGGCAUAUGCUGUCGUCCUGUGAUAAGGUGUAGCUGUCUCCAUGGCGACCAGCGUGGUACCCGGGGAUAACCUGCCCACAUAUAAGCUGGUGGUGGUGGGAGACGGAGGCGUGGGGAAGAGCGCGCUCACCAUACAGUUCUUCCAGAAGAUCUUCGUCCCGGACUACGACCCCACCAUCGAGGACUCGUACCUCAAACACACCGAGAUCGACGGCCAGUGGGCCAUUCUGGACGUUCUGGACACGGCGGGGCAGGAGGAGUUCAGUGCGAUGAGAGAGCAGUAUAUGAGGACAGGAGACGGCUUUCUCAUCGUGUUUUCAGUCACUGAUAAAGCCAGUUUUGAACAUGUGGAUCGUUUCCACCAGCUGAUUCUGAGAGUGAAGGACAGGGAGUCAUUUCCCAUGGUUCUUGUGGCUAAUAAAGUCGACCUGGUGCAUUUACGUAAGAUCACUAGUGAGCAGGGACACGAGAUGGCCUCCAAACACAGCAUCACUUAUAUUGAAACAAGUGCAAAGGAUCCACCCAUGAAUGUAGACAAAGCGUUUCACGAGCUCGUCAGAGUGAUACGCCAGCAGAUCCCUGAACGGGGCCUGAAGAAGAAAAGGAAAGCUAAAUGGCGGGCAGACAGACCUUCGGGUUCCCAGAGGCUGCACUGCGUCGUACUGUGACCGCACACCCUCUAUCUCAAUGCCGCGUCAAUGCCGCGAUGAUGACUCCGUGACACGGACUGUUAAAACACACACACAGCUAUGAUUAAUAUCCAGGAACUAAAGGACACAGCUUGAAUAUUCCAUAAUUAAUGACGAAAUUCCCCAAAAUGUGGAAUUUCAGCCAAUUUUCAUGGGGUUUUCUUAGCAGGUGAAAGCCUGGAUGAUCUGACAGAAUUCUAGCGCUGUACUCUCACAUUAUCUCUCAGAGAAAAAUUCAGAGACAAGCUUUCUGAGGCCUUGUUUUGUAUUGUGUUUCUAUAUUUAUUGUGCUGAAUUCUAUAUUGUUAAUUGAUUGUUAAUACAGCAUAACGGCUUUGAAAACAACAAGGGAACAGAUGGGACUCAAGUUGCACAACUGGCAUUUAUAGAUACAGUAAACUCCUAAGGCGAGGGAAAUACUGGUUACCAUUGUCAAUCAUUUGUUUUUAUGAAGAAAAUUAAGAUAUUUUGUCAAAACAAAAGGAGAAAAAUGCAUCCGUUUACACAUAAGACAUUAAAUUAAUGCAAUCAUGUAAAACACAUAAUAGCACAAAGUGUGUUCAAAUUUUUAAUUAAAAAGUUUUAUAAAUUUUAUAUGACGUCAACAACAAUUUACUAUAAAAGUAUUUGUUUUGGCUUGUUACAUAUAAAUACAGUUUUACUACUCUAAGUAUAUAUGUUCUAAUUCUGAAUUUAUGUCUCACAAUUCUGAGUUUAAACCUCUCAAUGUUUUGCAAUUCUGAGUUUAUGUCGCAAUUCUGAAUUAACGUCUCGCAAUUUUACUUCUAACAAUUCUGAGUUUGUAACUUGCAAUUCUAAGUAUAUAUGUUCUAAUUCUGAAUUUACGUCUCACAAUUCUGAGUUUAAACCUCUCAAUUCUAAGUUUAUGUCACAAUUAUGAAUUAAUGUCUCGCAAGUUUAAGUCUCACAAUUCUGAGUUUGUGACUCGCAAUUGUAAGUUUAUAUAUCACAAUUCUGAGUUUACGACUUACAAGUUUAAGUCUCACUAUCAUAAGUUUAUGUCGCAAUUCCUAAUUAAUGUCUCACAAGUUUAAGUUUCACAAUUCUGAGUUUAAACCUCUCAAUUCUAAGUUUAUGUCGCAAUUCUGAGUUUACGUCUUGCAAAUUUAAGUCUCGCAAUUCUGAAUUAAUGUCUCGCAAGUUUACUUCUAACAAUUCUGAGGUUGUAACUCGCAAUUCUAAGUAUAUAUGUUCUAAUUCUGAAUUUACAUCUCACAAUUCUGAGUUUAAACCUCUCAAUUCUAAGUUUAUGUCUCAAUUCUGAAUAAACGUCUCGCAAGUUUAAGUCUCACAAUUGUAAGUUUGUAACUCGCAAUUCUAAGUUUAUAUGUCGCAAUUCUGAGUUUACGUCUUUCAAGUUUAAGUCUCGCAAUUCUGAAUUUACGUCUCGCAAUACUAUAUUAACGUCUUGCAAGUUAACUUCUCACAAUUCUGAGUUUGUAACUCGCAAUUCUAAGUAUAUAUGUUGCAAUUACGUUUACGUCUUGCAAGUUUAAGUCUCGCAAUUCUGAGUUUGUCACAAUUCUGAAUUAAUGUCUCGCAAGUUUACUUCUCACAAUUCUGAGUUUGUAACUUGCAAUUCUGAGAUUAUCUAUUUUUUAUAUUGCAGAAUAACGAGCUUUCGUUUAAGUUUGUUUAUUUCUCGCAAUUCUAAGUUUAUGUGUUACAAUUCUAAUUUACUUCUCACAAUUCUGAGUUUAUGUCUCACAUUUCUGAGUUUACAUCCCACAACUCAAUUUACAAAUGGUCGCCUUUGCAGUCGCGUAAAAAAAUUGGUAGAUAUUCUUUGAUUUUCCUCUUAGAAAUGCAUGGGUAACUGUGGUAACCUGGAUUUGUUUAUCCCGACAUUAAACCACGCCUCCAAUGUGUGAUGUGUCGCUUGUAUCUAUAAAAACUCAAAGAAAGUUGCUGUUCUUUCAUCAGCACCCCAGUGACAAUGUUAUUUUAUUAAUCAGGUUUGUAGUUCAAAACAAUCAUGAUGAAAGUUUUGAAAAUGUAAUGCCUGAUUUCAGUUACGUUGCCAUUAAACUGAGUCAAAUCAGUAAUUGCACAAAAUGUUAGUGUUAUGUUAAGAUCACAGGAUUGAUCUCAUGUUUAUAUUUUUCUGCUUGUUUUGAAUGCAUCGUCACUUUAUUUUGAAUGUGUUUUUGCUUGUUUCAAAGUUUUCAUUGAUGUUUUGAAUGUAUUGUAUGUUGUUCUAUACGCCAAUUUUGCUUUUGAUGUUUCAAGUCCUGCUUUAGUGUUUAGCAUAUUAAAGGAACAUCGUCUUAGUAGCCCGUUUAUGCAUUUUGUGAUUGUAUACUGCUCAUUUACUUGUUUUUUGUGUGUGUGUGUGUGUGUGUGUGUGUGUGUGUUAUUUUAACUUUACAGAAUCUGUUUUGUUCCAAAGACUGGAUGUUCUUACAUUUUCAGUUUUGUUUGAAACUUGGUGCAAAUUUUGUGGAUCAGUUAAUACAUUUUUGUUUUUACUUU